GACAACUCCUCAAAAACGCGCUUCCCUUACUUCGCACUCUGGUUUAGGGUUUAAGCAAAACAAAGGCAUAAACCCCUUUUCCGCCAAAUUUCUCCAAUUAGGGUUUCUUCACGCACACAGACACACACACAAUUCCCACCAUGAAUUACAGGUUUCAAAACCUGCUAGGCGCGCCGUACCGCGGCGGAAACGCCGUCGUAGUAAACAACACUCUACUAAUCUCACCGGUCGGCAACCGCGUCGCCGUCACGGACCUCCAAAAAUCCGAAACCCUGACACUACCCUGCCAAGCCUCCACCAACCUGCGCCGCAUCGCCGCCUCGCACGACGGUGUGUUUCUCCUCACCGUCGACGAGAACAACCGCUGCCUAUUCAUAAACCUACCCCGCCGCGCGGUUCUGCACCGCAUCUCCUUCAAGCAUCCCGUCGCCGACGCGAAAUUCAGCCCCGACGGCAAGUUCAUAGCCGUCGCCGCCGGCAAACUCCUCCAGGUAUGGCGUGCCCCUGGGUUUAAAAAGGAGUUCUUCCCCUUCGAGUUGAUUAAGACCUACGCCGAUUGUAAUGAUCGGAUUACAUCUCUGGAUUGGAGCCCUGAUUCAAAUUAUUUAGUUGUUGGGUCGAAAGAUUUGACGGCCAGGCUCUUUUAUUUGAAAAAUGGGAAUGCGAAGAAGAAUAGUUACACGAAGCCGUUUCUAUUUUUGGGUCAUAGAGAUGUGAUUCUAGGUGCAUUUUUCGGGGUUAAUAAGAACACUAAUGUUGUUACGAAAGUUUAUACCUUUUCGCGCGAUGGAGCUAUUUUUAGCUGGGGUUAUAGUGACAGUGAUGGUAAAUCUAAUGAAAUAGACGGAGAUUUUUCAGAUCCAGAGUCUCCUGGUACACCAGAGCAGGGGCAGGGGCAGGAUGGGGAAGAUGGAAAUGAAGUUAAUUUGAAGAAAAGGAAAAAAAUUGACGCUAAAGAUGAUGAAAUGGAUGGAACAAACAGGCCAGCAUUGCAUAAGAUGAAAUGGGAACUGUUAAAAAAGAACUUCUGCAUGCAAGCUCCCGCAAAGUUAUCGGCAUGCGACUAUCACAAGGGGCUUGAUAUGGUGGUUGUAGGAUUCUCUAAUGGGGUGUUUGCUCUCUAUCAGAUGCCUGAUUUUGUGUGCAUUCACUUGUUAUCAAUUUCGCGAGAGAAAAUCACUACUGCUGUAUUUAAUGAUCUCGGAAAUUGGUUGACUUUUGGAUGUGCAAGGCUUGGUCAGCUGCUCGUGUGGGAGUGGAAAUCGGAGAGUUACAUUCUAAAGCAGCAGGGGCAUUAUUUCGAUGUGAACUGCCUUGCAUAUUCAUCAGAUUCGCAACUGUUGGCUACAGGAGCAGAUGAUAACAAAAUCAAGGUUUGGACUGUCUCGUCAGGCUUCUGCUUUAUAACAUUCUCUGAGCACACAAAUUCUGUUACUGCACUUCAUUUCAUAGCUGGCAAGAGUUGUCUACUGAGUGCAUCUCUGGAUGGGACUGUUCGUGCAUGGGAUUUGAUCCGCUAUCGGAACUUUAGAACCUUUGUAACCCCUACACCAAAGCAAUUUGUUUCCUUGGCCUCAGAUCAGAGCGGUGAAGUGAUAUGUGCUGGAACUCUUGAUUCAUUCGAGAUAUUUGUCUGGUCAAUGAACACAGGCCGGUUAUUAGAUGUUCUCAGCGGCCAUGAGGGUCCUGUUCACGGAUUAAUGUUUUCUCCCACUAGUGCUAUCUUGGCUUCCUCUUCUUGGGACAAAAGCGUGCGUUUGUGGGACAUUUUUGAAGGAAAAGGUGGCGUUGAAAAAUUCGAUCAUCCGCAUGAAAUUCUUACACUUGUCUACCGCCCGGAUGGCAAACAGCUGGCAUGUAGCACGCUAGAUGGGCUGAUUCAUUUCUGGGACCCAAUAGAAGGCUUGGAGAUGUUCUCAAUUGAAGGUCGUAGGGACAUUUCAGGCGGUCGUUUGAUGUCUGAUCGUAGGUCGUCUGCUAACUCCUCUGCUGGAAAGUGCUUCACAAGUUUGUCUUAUUCUGCUGAUGGUAGCUACAUAUUAGCUGGGGGAAGUAGUAAAUACAUUUGUAUGUACGAUGUUGCUGACCAGGUACUGUUGCGGAGGUUCCAAAUAACCCAGAAUCUAUCCUUAGAUGGGGUUCUUGAUUUCUUGAACUCAAAGAACAUGACCGAAGCAGGACCAUUGGAUUUGAUAGACGACCACGACAGUGACACAGAGGAAGGCGUGGAUAAACAAAUACGCGACAAAUUGGCAUACGACUUGCCAGGAUCAAUGCCCAACAAUGGAAGGCCAAUUAUCCGAACCAAGUGCUUGAGAAUUGCACCAACUGGCAGAAGCUGGGCAGCUGCAACUACAGAAGGGGUGAUGUUAUAUUCAAUGGACGAAUCUUUCAUAUUCGACCCAACUGAUCUGGACAUUGAUGUUACACCAGAGGCGGUUGAUGCAGCUCUGAAAAACGAUCAACCGAGAAUAGCUUUGAUACUCAGUCUUCGUAUGAAUGAGGAUGCAUUGAUAAAGAAGUGCAUAGUUGCUGUGGCUCCUUCUGAUAUACCAGCUGUUGCUUCGUCGGUUCCGUUUAGAUACUUGCAGAGAUUGGUUGAGGCUUUGGCGGAGCUUUUGGAGAAGUGCCCUCAUUUGGAGUUUGUAAUGCAAUGGUCCCAGGAACUAUUUAAAGCACACGGCGAUUCUAUCCAGCAGAAUUCGAGAAAACUGUCCCCUGCUAUGAAAUCCUUGCAGAAGGCAAUUACUAUGUUACAUCAAGAUUUGGCUGACACGUGCUCUUCCAACGAGUAUAUGCUUCGAUACCUAUGCUCGACGAGCAACAAGAAAUAACUGUGAUCUUAAACUCAAACACUUCGGGAUUGAAGCUGUUUUGAGGAUGAUGUCAUGCAUAACAAUUUUGAAAUUUUGACACCCCCACCACCACCACCACCACCACCACGACAAACAACUUAUGCGGCUGUGGAGGAAAAAAAGAUAGAUUAUGAGCAUUUUUUUUACUGGCAAAAGAAAAUGUAUGUGAUGAGAUGGUGUUGACAUAUUGUAUAUUUUAAAGUUAUUAUUCUCUGUGUUGUUAUUGAUUAAUGAAUUAUUGGCAUAUGCAAAAGUUUUGUUCUACAUUCUCUUUUUCUUUAUAUGAGAUUUGAUUUUUUA